CAGGAAUGACGCUUCUCCACUGCACCGCUGCUAAGCUGCUGCGCGUAACAGGGCCGCGCACGUAGCGUGGGUCUGAUGGCAGCUACCUGUCUGCUGUUACACCUGAUGUCAUGACGCGUCUGCUGAUAUUCCCUUGACAACCGCGGAUCGGAUACCAAUAUUCAGGGUCCAUCAUGGCCCUCACGCUGCUGUGGGCCGUGGACGUGUACGGCCGGGUCUACAGCCUCUCCACGGCCGGCCAGCGCUGGGAGCGUGCAGACGACAUGCUGCUGGAGCUGAAGCGUGUGACCGCAGGGAAGGGCCGCUGCUGGGGCGUCGGCUGUGACCACCGCGUCUACCUCAACAUGAUGCCCAGUGAGACGUCCAUCCGCUACCGGGAGGAGACCUACGAGAACCAGAGGUGGAACCCGGUGGACGGCUUCACCGACACGCUGCUGCCCACCGACCGCUGGCCGUGGAGCGACGUGACCGGGAUGAAUCCCCAGCCGCUCCAGAGCUUCCAGUUGCCCUCCCGCAGCUGGGAGUGGGAGGGGGACUGGUAUGUGGAUCAGACCUGUGGAGGGGAUCCCAGCCAGACCGGGGGCUGGGAGUAUUCGGUGGAUUUCCCGGCCAACUUCUCCCCGGACAAGAAGUGGAAUUCCUGUGUUCGGCGCCGGCGUUGGAUCCGCUACAGGAGAUACAUCGCACAAGGCAGCUGGGCAAAGAUCCCACUGGACCAUCCCAAGAAACCUCCGCUGCCGCUGUGUGACAUCAGCUGCGGCGGCUGGGAGAUGAGCGACCAGUCAGGAAGGUAUCCCUACCUCUGGGGCGUGUCCCAACAAGGACAGGUGUGGUUCCGGGAGGGCAUCCACCCCCGGGCGCCGGAGGGCUCCAGCUGGGAGGAGGUGGAGGUGCCCAAGGAGGUGGCUCAGUUAUCAGCCGGACCUGGAGACCUGCUCUGGGCUUUACUCUGGGAUGGAAACCUGCUGGUCCGUACGGGCCUGAGCCUGGACAGUCCCACUGGCACAUCGUGGGUGGAGGUGGACUCACCGGUGAAGGAGGUGGAAGCGCUUCAUGUGGCGGUUGGAGUCAGUGUGGUCUGGGUGGUCACCAAGGAUUUCAAGGUGUGGUUCCGGCGUGGUGUGAACUCUCACAACGCCUGUGGCUCCGGCUGGAUCAGCAUCGGGGGGGAGAUGAUGAUGGUGGACGUCGGACUCAACGAUCAGGUGUGGGCGGUGGGUGAGGACCGGGGCCUGUACUUCAGAAUCGGUGUCAGCCCGUCGGAGCCGAGCGGCAGCGGCUGGAUUCCUGUUUCAGGCCAAUGGGGCAACAGUAAAAAGGUCGUUCCAGCCAGAGACGACUGUGUGUUCAGUGGUCAGCUGACCGAGGCCUCACAAGGCUCCGUGCUGAGCUGCACCGACUCGGACUCGGAGCUGGGUCCUCCUGACCCGCAGAGCCACACUCAUGAAACCCCGGGCCCGGAGGCAGCAGUCGUCCCUCCAGGAGGAGGAGCAGCCCCCCCGGAGGCAGAGGGCGCUCCUGCAGCCCCCCAACAGGAAGCCCCCAAACCCUUCAUCCCCGCCAGCGACAGCUUCAUCAACAGCCUGGUGUCGGACCGGGACAGAACCUCCUCAUCGCAGCCGACCGUCACCGAGACACCGCAGGAGGAGGUGGAGGACACGCCCACGGCGCCGGUACUCUUGACCCCUGAGGUCGCGGGUCAUGACGUCCCCUGGAUGAAUGUGGACCUGGAGGCUCGGAGUGCACAGGAGCGGGGGGGCUCAUUGGCGGACGGCGGUGCUGCUGCCACCUACUCGCUGGGGACUCUGGAGCCUCAGCAGGGGGUCGCAGAGGAGGACGGACCCGUGUGGGCCUGGAUCUCCGGGGGGGGCUGCGAGGUGGAGGCCAGUUCAAACAUCAGCUGGCUCAGUCCCACAGGUCCUCUCAGCAGCUCUCUGUCGCUGACUCCAGUUCAGUCAGCAGCUUGGAGCGAGCAGCAGCAGCAGCAGCAGCAGCACAGAGAGGAGAUCAGCAAGAAGCCGCUGGAGAGAAGCAGCUCGGUGUGGGUGCGUAAAGGUGCGCUGCGCUGGUGGCGAGACUGGAAGCCGCAGCGCUGGGUGGACGUGGGCGUCGCCCUGGAGCAGUCCACCAAAUGUGACGGCAGGAAGGACAGCAUUUUCUUUGUCUAUUACACACAUUAUGACGAGAAAAAGUACCUCCACGUGUUCAUAAGCGAAGUCACGGCUCUGGUCCCGGUGCUCAGGGACAGCCACUAUGCCUUCGCUGUGUACACGGCCCAGAGGACCAAGCUGAGGUGGCCUCUGGUUCUGGCAGCACAAUCUGAGAAGGACAUGAACGACUGGCUGAGCUUGUUGUCCGACUGCUGCUGCGAGUGCCGUGGGAUCACAGGUUCCCCGUCCCGACACGCCCUGUGGGCCACCACCUCCAAGGGGGACAUCAUGGUCCACGAGCCGGCCUUCUCCCUGGAGGCCUCGUCCAACGCGCUGGCCUGUGACCUCAUGUUCUGGCGGCAGGUCCCGGGUCACCUGCGCUGUGUGGAGACUAACAGUCUGGGGCUGGUGUGGGGCGUCGGGUGGGACGGCACCGCCUGGGUCCACAGUGGUAACCACGGGCAACAGCCCACCCCUGGAGAAGCUGCUCAGACGCAGCAGCAGACGGACGCCAGGAGCGUUCAUGUGUAUGAGAACCAGCGCUGGAACCCGAUGGCCGGAUACACAGACAAAGGCCUCCCCACGGACCGGCCCAUGUGGAGUGACGAAGCCGGGCUGAAGGAGUGCACCAAGGGCAGCACACACCCUCCCUCCCCUGAGUGGUCCUGGGUGUCCGAGUGGACCGUGGACUGCAGCGUCCCCGGGGGAACAGACAAAGAAGGGUGGCAGUAUGCUGCAGACUUCCCUGUAACAUUCCAUGGCCACAAAACCCUGAAAGACUUUGUCCGGCGCAGGAGAUGGACGAGGAAGUGUAAGAUCACGUUGAGGGGUCCGUGGCAGCAGGUCCCCCCCAUCCCACUGAGCGACAUCUCUCUGAUGCCGUGUCUGGCCCAGAGCCGGAUGGAGGAGGUCCCGGUCUGGGCCCUCAGCGACAAGGGGGACGUCCUGUGUAGGCUGGGAGUCAGCCCCCCCAACCCAGCGGGCAGCUCAUGGCUUCACGUGGGCACGGAUCAGCCGUUCAAGUCCAUCUCCAUCGGGGGAGCCAACCAGGUGUGGGCCAUCGCCAAGGACGGAGCCGUGUUCUACCGAGGCUCCGUGUCCCCACAGAACCCUGCAGGCGAAUGCUGGUACCACAUCCCGUCUCCUCUGAGGCAGACCCUCAGGCAGCUGUCGGUGGGCCGGACCUCUGUCUUCGCUGUGGACGAGAACAGUAACCUGUGGUACAGACAGGGCCUCACGCCCAGCUACCCUCAGGGCUCCGCCUGGGAGCUGAUCUCCAACAACGUCACCAAGGUUUCUGUCGGACCGCUGGACCAGGUGUGGAUCAUAGCAGACGCAGUUCCUGGUUUCCCUGCUGAGACCGGGGGGGCUGUGUGUCACAGGCUGGGGGUGGGACCUGUGCAACCCAAGGGCCAGUCCUGGGACUUUGGUCUCGGGGGAGGAUGGGAGCACAUCAGUGUGAGGGGGAACUCAGCAGAGGCUCCUCGAGCCCCCCACCCUCCACCUGCCGGACCCCCCCGCAGCCCGCUCCCCCCGCGGCCUCCGACGCAAGCGAACGGGAACGCCGUUGGAGUGUAGCACCCCCCACACACACAUACAGACACACACACAUCCUCCUCUCCUGCCCUGUUUGUGCCUGGAUCUACAUAUCUUUCCUCCUCAGACCAGUUACCACAGGCACUUACCCCCUUUUACACAAAGGGAACUGCACAAUCGCCCCCACUGAGUUUCUCUCUUACAUUUGGUUUGGAUUGGACUCUCGUCGAUGGAUGAAUGUUUCUCCCGGACCCGACUCGUUUCCCCGGGGUCGGCUCGCAGCGUGAACAAAACAGACGAGGGAAGCACAAGAGCAUUUGAAGAAGGAUGGAUGUGUUGGGAGAAGAGUUUCACAGUGAGUGCAUGUGUUUGUUCGGACGAGGCGUCGGCUUCUGGCUGGGUUUUUGGGGGAUCUAGCAAUAGCUUUUAUUCUUCUAUUCGAUAUCCUGUGAAAACCUUAGA